AUGAAUAGAUUUGUAUUAGGAUUUUAUUAUUUUGAUUACGCUUUACAGCAGAAAACCCUGAUCUUCACACUUAUUCUUAAAAUAAAGGUAAAAUUCAAUAAUUAAAGUAUUGUAGCCUUUGCUUGAUUUGAAUCGAUUUUUCUAUCGUAAUAGAAAAAACUGAAUAGAUAUUAAGAAGUAUUGGAUUCUUAUGGCUCAUAGUUACAAAAUAAUAAUAACAAAGGUAUGAGCUAUCCUAUUUUUAGCAUUUAAGUUACUGAAAAAGAAUAGGUUAGAGGAAGCAUUAGAAUAUUAUGACUAAGCGAUUCAACACAGUGAAGAAAAUUCAAUAUAUUAUAAUAAUAAAGUUAUUUUUUAAUAUAUUGUUGUUAGCAAAGUCUUAAAUGUAUCGAAAAACUAUUUUGAAAAAGUAAUGUCAACGAAAAGAUUUUAAGAAUCAUUAAAAUGUUAGAAUUUACUUAAUCAAAUAAACCCAAAAAAUGAUAAUUUUUCAUAACAAGGGUAUUCAUUAACAUUCAACUCUUAGCAAUUUAGAUGAUGUAAGAAGAAUAUUAUUACAAAGGAAUAUUAAAUAUCCAAAAUUUAUGAGCUACUAUUUUAUUUUCUAAAGGAAUUUCUAUAAAGAAUAUUUAAAAUGA